GCUACAGUAGUAGGCAAUACUUGUAUAGGACAGCUGGUAUUUUAAGGCAGCAGCGGCGCGACUCACGGCAGUUCUGUUCGCGCCGCCCAACGGACCAGUCGCGACGCUCCUCCGACCACCACUCGAAAAACAAUUCAAAAACACUUCAUAACUACAAACAAACUAUUAACAUUCGCGUCUGUGUUGUAUGGAAACUCUUCUUGAUUGAACAGAUUACAAGUUGGAAGUGUAUAAACAUGCGAUUAACUUAGUAAACACAUAACUUCGGGACGUGAGUGAUUUGCCGCAUUUAACCGUGCCAGUGUACACAUACGAACGGAACUUUUAGCAAGUUCACGCGUUAUAUAAUGUGAAAUUACGGGUUUUUGUUAAAAUAAUUAGCACAAUGAUAGAAAGACUCAGGCAAUGUUGUGUGUGAUGUCGGGAUGCUUUGUCUCGAGUCCAUAAUGGCGCGGUGGCGCGAGCGCGGCGAGCGGCGCGAGAUGGAGGAGAGCCGCCGGCUGCGCAGCCGCAGCCUCUGCUCCUCCGCUGAGGGCAGCCUGUUCCAACUCCUACACCGACGAGCUAGCAGUGCGAUACGGAUGCGGCCACCAUUAGAGUCCACCUGCUCAUCUGCCAGCGAGCUGAUCACGCGCCGGGGCGUGUUCUCUCGUAGGCAAUAUGGGUCGGUGGAACAGGUCAGCAACCUCGCCGGACCCAGCGACGGACCCGACUCCUACAUCAGGCGUUACCGCCUGGAAAAUGGCAAUUCACUCGGAGAAAAAGAUGAGCUUUUUGGGCCUCACAACACUCCGGUUCUGGAAAACCCGGAGUUUCAAACUCGGUGGUACUUCAAGUACUUCCUGGGAAAAAUGCACCAGAACUACGUGGGGCUAGACUACGCCCGCGAGCCCUUCCUGCUGAGCGUCGUCCAGGAGAGCUCCGCCGGACUCAUGCGGGCCAUACUCUUCAACAAAAAUGGUGCUCAAAAGAUCUACAUCCCGCCGAGUGCCUGGAACACGGACCCCAAGACCGAAGUCCGCACACGGCCGACAGUCAAGCAGAUCCUCGCUCAGUUCCCAUGUAUGGAAAGGGUAGAUAAGUUGCCGAGAGAGGUGAGCCGAGAGAUAUCAUGCGCCGAAGUGCAGAAGGACGUGCUGCUCCUAGAAGAGCAGGAGGGCUCCGUGAACUUCAAGAUCGGGGUCAUGUUCAUGCGGCCCGGCCAGCGGACCGACGACGAGAUGCUCUCCAACGAAUUCGGCGACGAUGCGUUCGAGCGAUUCAUCGACCUUCUGGGGGACAGGGUUCGGUUAAAAGGCUGGAAUCGAUUCAGGGGAGGACUUGAUGUUAAAGGUGACAUGACGGGACUGUACUCCGUGUACACAAUGCACCACGGACACGAGAUAAUGUUCCAUGUGUCCACGCUGCUGCCGCACUCAAAGGACAACAAACAACAGCUGGAACGUAAACGCCACAUCGGUAACGACAUCGUGAACAUAAUUUUCGUCGACGAGAGGGCCCACGAGACUUUCAACCCGCAGUUCAUAAAGAGCCACUUCACACAUAUUUUCGCCGUGGUGUCAGAGAUCCCCGAGGGCUACAAGCUCAGCAUCUUCAGCGACGACUGCGUGCCCCCGUUCGGGCCUUCGCUGCCGUGCCCCCCGAUCUUCGUGGACCCCAACCUGUUCAGGGACUACUUGCUGGUAAAAAUGAUGAACGGCGAGAAGUCCGCAUUUCAAACGCCGAUCUUCACGCAGAAGCGUCAGCGGACCCUCGACACCCUCAUUAAAGACAUAUACACGGAGCACUGCACGGACCACAAAGUGCCAAUGCUAUCCCGCCGCGCGCUGUCCGACGUGUGGUCGGGCAACAGUCAGAGCGCGGGCGCAGCACGCACGGAGCGGUUCCUGCACAUCGGACAAGCUAUCAAGCUGGACGCAGUGCUGCGAGGCGACGCGCCCACCAGCCUCGCCUCGUCGGGCCAGGUCCAACGGAGCGGCCGCCGUGCGCCGUGGGAGGGCCGCGUGUGGCGCUCGACCCCGCUGCCCGGCGCGCCUAUCUGCGCCGAGCAGAUCUCCGAGGGCAAGCUGCUGCUGUCCACCAACAACAACACAUACAUACUUGAAGACAGUGGAACGACCCGGGUAAUCCUCCGCUGGGAGGGCAGCGUGCGCGCCGUGCGCCUGACCGAGCGCGCCGGCCUGUUCCGCGUCGGCGCGCGCGCCAACGGCGUCAGCUCCGCGUCGAGCAACGCCAGCAGCGCCGGCGUGUACGCCGUCCCGCUCGCCCAGCUGUACGCCGGCGCCUGGGCCAUGCGGCCGCUGCAGGACUGCAAGCAGGCGCGCCUCUCGCGCACCAAGACCGCGCACUUCUUCGACCUGGUGGAGCACAGUGGCAGGAUCACCCUCGUCGUGUCGGUCAGCAGGCGGGUGCUGAUAAUGGCGGAGGAAGAACGGCUCGACAACGACAAAGGCUUCGACUACGUGCAUAUCAAGGACGUCAUGCUGGGCGAGGUACCGUCGUUGAUUAAGUAUUUGAACUACGACUCUGGCGUAAUUGUGGCAGGGUACAAACAUCACUGGGAGGUUGUUGACUGCGGCAGUGGGCAGUGCGUUAAACGAGCCGACAACGCCGAACAACGCCGCGGCACCCUCGUGAACGCGCUGCGCAUCGGCGACGAGCGGGACCGACAGAUCGUGCUCUGCUACAACCAUACUUGCCACUUCGAGAGGCUGACCAACCGCGGGCUGGAGAGCGAGGCCGAAUACGACUUCCAUUGGACUUCGGUGCCGCUGGCAGUCGUGAACGCGUUCCCAUACAUAAUGGCGUUCGCUGAAGACUUAUUGGAGAUACGUCUGGUGGCGAACGGUUCGCUGGUGCAUGCCGCCUGCAUCCCCGGCCUUAAGCUGUUGUGCGGACAACGCGAUAUAUUCUACGUGGCAUGCGCGCCCGAGUACGUGCCCCUCAAUGACGACGACGAGGCCGACCUGGGCCUGCCCCCGGAGAGCAUGGAACAGAUCCGGCAGCGGCAGCAGCCCUACUCCGUUGAUGGAGACGACAGUAACGAGCCGUGCACUAGCGCGGCGGCCCGCGCCGCCGACGCGGCGUCUGCGUCAGCGUCCAGCCGCAGCAGCUCGCUGUCUUCAGAGCACGACACCAUACGCCCGCCGCUGCAGCGCACGGCGCGCGUGUCGCCGCCCAACUCCCCGCUAGUGACAGGUUCGACUUCGACCGAGCAACCGCCGACGCCGACGCCGCCGACGCCGCCGACGUCGUCCCGCUGCGUGCGAGUGUACAAGAUCCCGCACGGCAACCUCGGCGCCGGGGCCUACGCGCGCCAGUCAGUCUCUGUGGACCAGCCACGGGCUCAAGGUGCGGCCGCGCUGCUUCAGGCAGCGGCGCUGCUGCCUCAAGGAGGUCAGCCUCAAGCGGCCGCGAGGGCCCAGGCGGAGCCUCAGCCCCGGCCCUCGGGGCUCCAGCGGCUCGACUACCAGCGCCCAUCCACGUCGCGAGCCCCCACGGAGCCAAGACCAUCCACGUCGCGAGACUAAACCGUGCACAAUUAAAAACUGAUCUAGUCUAUUUACAAAUUUUACUCUAUGUUAUUGAUAUCUUUGAAGUAUACCAAAUAUAUUUAGAGUAGGUUCUACUGUGAAAGUAGAUUAAUUAUAUUUUUAUUGAAGCGAUACUCUGAGUUUGUGAUCUAAUUGGCCAUGACCGUGACUGUUUGAGAUUGCCACUACCACAAACAUUGACUUUUCUAAUAUGAAUAGUCAUUCAGAUGUCUCCCGGGUCACAUACACGGUUGUAUCUCUUAUAUCGUGGUUAUAUCUAGUCUAUAAAUAAAUUAGCUAGGUAAUGGAAAAGAUGUGAUAAAAAGUCUAAAUUGGCGGGAGAAGGGGUAGUGCGGACUGCAUAGUAGUAUAUCUAGUAAGACGAUACGGUACUGUAUUCACAAUAAAAUUGUAUAAAACCCUCAUCUGUCGGUGGACA